AUGGAAAAUGAAAUGAUGGAAGAAUCGCCUGAGGCAGGAGGCAUGGAAACGAACGCCAUUGAAUACCCCGAACAAGAUAAUAGUAAUAAUGAUGUGGAUGACACUCCCUUGUUUGUGGGAGAAGGCGACGCCGUCGAAGUUCCGGUGGAUGACAACAAUAUUCCCAUGGAGGAUGAUGAUGACGACGACGAGUUGGAAAAUCUCAUCAGUGAUCAAGAACCCAUUGUGGACAUGGCCAAAGUUACCAUCUCCUCUCACUCCGACCCCGUGUAUGCGGUAGCCUGUACCACUAGUACUGUAGACGGGACAUUGCGAAUUGUGUCGGGAGGUGGAGACGACAAGGCGUUUUGGCAUGACAUUCCCGCCGCGGCAGUCCUACAAGUACAAUCUACUCCACUGGAAUCUCAUUAUCAAUUCAAGGACAGUGUCAGCUCUGUUGCCAGUAAUUCACCCUAUGUGGCCUUUGAUACUACCAAGCCACCCAAUCCAGAAUGGAUGGCCGUGGGAGGUCUGGAUGGUUCGGUGGUUCUGUUUGGACCAGGAGGAAAAGUACUCCCUCUCGAAGGUCCUUCCGCCGAUAUUGAAUGGCUCUGUUGGCACCCCAAGGGUGGAAAUGUGCUGCUCGUGGGAUCGUCCGAUGCUACCAUUUGGAUGUUCCACACGUCUCUCAAUAAAUGUCUACAAGUAUUUGUCGGACACGAAGACGCCGUCACGUGUGGGGCAUUUUCCGCCGAUGGAAAAGUCGCUCUCAGUGCCAGUGCCGAUGGAACCCUGCGCAUUUGGGCACCCAAAACGGGAAAAUCCAAACAUGUCUUUCGUUUUGCGGCUCACGACGGAACGCCACCACCCGCAUUGACUUGUUUGGCCACGCACGGUGGAACCGAUCAACAAUUGGUCAUGGUAGGUGGCGAAGAUGGACAAGCCCAUGUGUGUCAUGUGGCCAAUAAAAAACAAGUGGCGUCCUUGCGACACUACGAUCCGACAGUGCAACCACAAAACAGCAAUAACAACAUGGAAGACGAAGAAGUCAUGGUGCCGUCGGGUGUGGAAGCUGUUGGAUUCUGCAAAUCCAAUCCGAACUGGUGUGCCACUGGUGGAAUGGACGGUGUCCUCAAAAUUUGGGAUCUAGCCAAUCAAGGACAGUGUCGGCAUGCUUGUCGAGUCAACAACGAAAACACUAGUCAGCCGCAGGGAGAUGGAAUUACUAAACUGCAAUGGCACCCAACGCUGCCAUUGGUGGUGACGGCCACGUGUCGAGGAGAGCUGCACCUCUGGGAUGCUCGAAAUGGACAACGGAUACACACUCUCACAGGACACGCCGAUGUCAUCAAUGAUAUGGACGUUUCGUUCACCCCAGGAGUUGGAACUGCUGCAGCAGGAAAUGCUGUCGUUGUGACGGCCAGUGACGACAAGACAGUCAAAGUGUUCCAGUUAGAUAUCGAUGCCGUCAUGGCAGCGCCGUGA